AUGACUGAACAAAGGACUCUACAAGUACCUAUAGUCGAAGAAGGUACAAGAAGCACGUGCACUCCAGAAGUACGUGAAACCUGGACCACGCCUUCACUUGUCCCGUCCCGUUCGUUUCAGGAACGACACUACUAUCGCAGCUCUCUAUCAAGUAUGGCUUCGGAGAUUCACAUAGUAAUAGCAAUGGGAGGGACGUGCUUGCCGCUUCGAUGA